GUUUGUAUGUUAUUAUUCAAAUCAAAAAAUUUAGAAUGUUUAGGAUAGAAGAGAAAAUAAUAAUCUCUCAUCAAAGAAUAUACAAAUAAAAGAAAAAUUGAUGACACAUCAAUUGUAUCAUAAGAACUAUAAUCAGAACCAUUGAAUCUUAAUGAAAUAUUUCAUAAAAUGCUAAGAAAAGGUACUCCUAUUAAUGUUAUUUUUAAUGAAAAAUUUGUUACUAAUUGA